GCGGCGGCUGGGGCGGCAGCUGUGGCGGCGGCGGCGGCUCAGGAGGCCGCACUCCCGGUUGUGGCCUCGGCCCCGGCCCCACCAUGGUGACCCUCGCCGAGCUGCUGGUGCUUCUGGCCGCGCUGCUGGCCACGGCCUCGGGCUAUUUCGUCAGCAUCGACGCGCACGCGGAGGAGUGCUUCUACGAGCGGGUCACCUCGGGCACCAAGAUGGGCCUCAUCUUCGAGGUGGCCGAGGGCGGCUUCCUGGACAUCGACGUGGAGAUCACAGGGCCUGACAAUAAAGGGAUCUAUAAAGGCGACCGAGAGUCCAGUGGGAAGUACACCUUUGCCGCUCACAUGGAUGGAGUGUACAAGUUUUGUUUUAGCAACCGGAUGUCCACCAUGACUCCAAAGAUAGUGAUGUUCACCAUUGAUAUUGGGGAGGCGCCCAAAGGACAAGACAUGGAAACAGAAGCUCACCAGAACAAGCUAGAAGAAAUGAUUAACGAGCUAGCAGUGGCGAUGACAGCUGUAAAGCAUGAACAGGAGUACAUGGAAGUUCGGGAGAGGAUACACAGAGCAAUCAACGACAACACAAACAGCAGAGUGGUCCUCUGGUCCUUCUUUGAAGCUCUGGUUCUUGUUGCCAUGACCUUGGGACAGAUCUACUACCUGAAGAGAUUUUUUGAAGUCCGGAGGGUUGUUUAAAGAAGCCUUUUCUGAUGAUCCCAAACUCAUAACUCACUGUUUACCAAACCUCCUGGUCACAGUAAUGUCACUAGUUUCCACAUGUUUAUUUUCUGAACUUUUACCUUCACAGCUUCUGUUUGUUGGUGACUCGUAGAUGUUGGGGGAA